GUCAUUUSUCGGUGCGGCGGCGCCCGCGAUGGCGGCGGGCGGGCUCUGAGGCCCCGAUGGAGCCGGCGGCGCUCGGGCGGCUGCGGUGGCUCCUCCCCGCGGCCCCGCGGCCCGGCUGCGGCCCGCCGCCGUCCCGGGCCGUGCAGACGGGUGGCGCUGAAGUCCCGCGGCCACGCCGCAACCUCUACGAGGUGCUGGGUGUCCCGUCCACGGCGACGGCGGCGCAGAUCAAGACGGCGUACUACGAGCAGUCGUUCCGGUACCACCCCGAUCGCAACGCCGGCAGCGCGGCCGCGGCCGCACGCUUCGCCGCCGUCAGCGAGGCUUACCGAGUGCUGGGCAGCGCCGCGCUGCGCCGCAAGUACGACCGCGGGCUGCUGAGCGCCGAGGAGCUGCGCCAUGCGCCCCGGCCCUCGGGCCGCCCUCCCGCCGCYACCCCGCCACCGCCCCGCGCCCCCGCUGCCCGCCAGGGGACCGUCCCGCYGCUCUUCAACUUCGACGCCUUCUACCGUGCGCACUACGGGGAGCAGCUGCAGCGGGAGCAGCUGCUGCGGGCGCGGCGGGAGCAGCUGCGCCUCCGGCGGGAGGAGGCUGCGGCWCAGGGACGCCUUAGGGCCCUCUCCGAUCUCUCGAUCGGACUUUUCUUCUUCCUGGGUCUUGCCAUCCUCUACAGCCUCAAGUGACAGCGGGGCCGCGGUGGRGCUGGGAGUGUGCCCUGCUCCCGCYGUUGGCAGGCACYCUGUAUGUGCURCUCAGGCUGUGGCAUUUCACUCUGCCAGUCUGACCUUCAGGGACGGUGUAUGACCAGCAGGCUCCAUGGGCUGUGACUGAUCCUUCUGCCAGCAUGACCUUCAGACACAUAGCACGCCUGACUGGCACAGGAUGUGACCUCUGCAUGCCCUCUGUGCACUCUGGUCCACAGGCUAGGCUGUGCUGUGCCRCCAGCAUGACCUUGCAGAGAUGGUGCAGGAACUCUGCAGGCUCUGAUGUGCCCCUUCAGCCAAUAUCAUCCGAAGACACAAUGCCUGGCAAGUGAACACGGUUCCUGGAUGCUGGACUGGGAUGUGUCUCCUCCUUUGGCACAGCUGUGUGACCUUGGUGUGYCCCAGGUGCCUGUUGUGAGCCACAGCAGAGAUUAAAGGUUGUCGGAGGUGGUKUGUGCUGUGUGUGUUCAGAACUACACUUACUCAUGUUCAGGUGUGGCUCUGGUUUUUGCUGAUCCCAGACCUGCCACCUCUGUACUGUCACUUCUGCUGGUACUGCAUCUCUGCAGAGCUUUCAGAAUGUUGAUGUCCAAACUGCAUCAUCCUGCUCAGGGUGGUGCAUAUGGAAGUCUUGGCUUCAGAGAUGAAAAAUUAAACCCGAGYCCAUGGUGGCUCAUGUCCUGGUCAGUGUGUGACAUUUCCUGGAGGUGCAGGCAGAACACUUUGGUGUCUGAAGUCCUCUGUCCUGUCUAGGCUUGCCAGGAAUUUUACACCAAUUGCUCCCUCUCAUGCUUUUUGGCCAUGGUGCACCUGUGAGCACCGAGUGCAAUUCUCUGUCUUUUAUGUGUAUCCAAGCAUCAUUUGCACAAGUGUAUUAGCCUAUUUAAAUACUGAAGUGUUUUAAGAACUAAAGAUUGUGUUUCUCAGAAGCUUCUCUCUCCUCGGGUGAAGGUUCACCUGUGCUAUUCUGCUGCUACCUGGAGGCAGAGAAGCUUCAUGUCAGUGGCCUGAGUGUGCCAAAGACUGUGCACCACUGGGUUUGCUGUCAGUGGGGUGUGCAGGAGCCAAACCUUUGUUGCCUCAUAACCCAGAGCCUGGGUUGUGUUUUGUCCCACCACAAGAAUGUUAAAAGUGAAUGCCCUGUGUUYUCCACUGCGGAGUUCUGUGACCCUGAUUGGAGCUUGAGGCAGUGGCACAGCAGGGACCACUGUGUCUGCUGGUUGUGCAGGAUUGCUCUCUGGCUGCUCUUGAAAGCAUUGUGCCACUUCAGCUUCAUACUAGAGGCUGCUGCAUGCUUGGAGUAAAUCCAGCCCAGGGGCAGAGYGUGAGCUUUCCAGGAUCCUCGCUGGCUGCCAGACUAUCCCUUUGCCUGGGAUUGCAGCACUCAAAUGUCAUCGUGGGAGAAACAGGAGCCCGGUGUUCACUGCUCACAGAGGGAAAGUCUGGAGUUGUGGCUCUGGCACUUGCUGAUGCUUUUUCAUGCUCAUCUUUAUUCUGUAAACCACAUCUCUUGAAAGAUCAGAGGUAGCUUUUUUGGCACAAUUUGGCAGGAAACAUUACUUUCCAGGCUGGAAAAGCUAGAGAUGUCCAUAGGAAGCAGUGGGCAGGCACUAGGGAGUGCUCUAGCUCCUCCACAAACAGGUGGUUUGGGCAGUUCCUGCUACUGGUUCUUCCUCCUCAGGUCUCCAUGAUGUAUCAUGAAGAUUAAAAACAUCCAGCCAUAAA